CACUUAUGAUGUUUCAAUUCUCUGAUCAUAAAUCAUGUCACAAAGAUAUAUCACGUCCCAUAUAGAAUCUUAUGUCAAGAUUUCUCAACAACGAUACUCAAUUUUUUUUAUCUUGUACAAUAUAUGCCAUUCAAUGAAUCUCGAGUUUGGACGAAGUCUCAACCAAUGAUGUUGCUCAGAUGACGACAACUUAGUUAGAAUUUUUUUAUAAAGGUACUUCAAUAUUAGAUAAAUUUGGUCUUCCCAAUUGAAAGUUUACUAUCUUAGUGUAUGAUCAUAUUUGUCGAUCAAGACACUCAAUUUAAUAUCUUAUACAAUAUAUACCAAUUAUUAAUACCUAAAGUUGAAUUUUGACUCACCCUCAACUCAUUGUCAUUGUUUAGAAUCUUGGUCCAAGAUACUCACACACUGUCGAGGGUUCUAAUCUUAGCAUGGUCCAUUAGUGUAUAAUUUUCUAUCUUAUCAAAUAUGCAUUUGCUAAAAUGUAUUUAUAUUUGGUGUUUGUUAACAAUAUCUAAGCAUGAUACUAUACUCUCAGUAAGAAAACGCUAUCAGAAUCACGAAUUAACAGAGUUUGUGGGCAUGAUACUAUGCCCUAACCCUUGAUAAGUGAACCCGAGGUCUUAGUUAUCUAAAUCAUAGAGCUUAACCCCUAAGAUUGUGCAUGUAAUUUGUUGCAUAUAUUUUGUCGAAUCAUGACCGUUGAUUUUUGUUUAUAAUUAAACUGAUCUUAGUGUAUGAGAUUUAUAAAUUUAAGACCUAGAUUUUAAUCUUUAAGGCUUUGAGAAUAAUACCAUAUGCCAAACUCUAGUCAAUUCAAGGUCUAUAUAUCGUUUUCUUACUCAAGGUAUGUCAUAAUAUACAUAUAUAAAUAUAAAGAAUUUAACAUAUUUUUAAGUGUAAUUAACACAUUUGUUUGACCGAAAUAUGUAAACUGUUAAGAAAAAUAAGGGGAAAUAUGAACAAAUGUAAGAGAAAAUAAGGUAUGGAAACAUGCAUUAUAAGAGAGAAGAAAAGUUGUCUUUCUUUAUCGUCUUCAUUUGUACAAUCAGGUACUACAUUAUGGCUUCGUCAUGUUUCUAUUAAAAUGAAAACAACAACUUUUCAAGUAUUUUGCUAUUUAAUACUUGUUUUUGUUGAUAGAUACAAAUAUUAGAAAAAGAUAGUGUUUGAUAACCAAAACAUAAAAUUAUAUAGUUGGUUUUUCAAAUUCAAUUGAUUAUUAAAUGUUUAUUAUCUAAACUUCACUAUAUUAAGUUCUAAUAAAAAUAAAAAUUAAUUGAUCAGAUUUAAUCAAAUAUAUUUUUUUGAAAAUUACAAUAUAUGUUACUCUCCAAACGUAAGUAUACUGCUGCUACACAUAUAUUGCAAAAAAAUUAUUGAAUAAAAAAAGAAAACAUUAAAAGAAGAUAGAGAUAGAUAAAUAAAUGAUCAUUAAAAUAAAAGAAAAAUAUUAAAAGAAGAUAGAUAUAGCUACACUAAUUGAUCAUUAAUAAACUUUUUGUUUGUAAAAAAAAAGUGUCCACCAUGGCACCUUGUAAAUUCUCCAAAUGCUUAUGUGGCAACAAACUACUUUUGAAUUGCCAUAAUAUUAUGUAUAGAUAGAUAGAUAGAUAGAUAGAUUAGAAUUUUUCCCCCAACAAUCCUGAAAAUUGUCCAUCGAUAGCGGCAAUUCAACUAGUUUUGAUUCUACCCAUUGCAAUUGCAAGUGUAGAUAGAGUAUUUUCAGCUCUGAGCUAUAUUAAGAGCAAGCUUCGAAGACGAAUUGACGACUAGUUUACUAAUGAUCAUUUAGUGCGAUACAUUGAAAGAGACUUACUUAAUAGUGUAGAUAACGAGAUUUGUGUGUGUGUGUUUCUUCACAAUAUUAAAUCAUGUUGGUUCUGCAUCCAAGCCAAUGUUGGCUUUUCAAUUUAAGUCACUCUUGCCUCACUCAAUAUCUUGUUAUUUUCAUGACGUCAAAAGACAGACACUCUCAUUAUUUGUCUCUCCACAUCCGAUCUAUCGAAAUAUAUAUUAUCAAUGAUGAUAUCACCAUCUCCUCCCUUCUCCUUAUCAAUGUUCUAGCUCUAGACGAACUGAAGAUUCUUUUCCUAAUCUCUUUGCGAUAAGUGGAAAACUAUAUUGUAUCCGUUCUAUGGAAAUUUGAGAAUCCAAUUAAUGAUGACUUCGAUUAGUUUUUAUUAGACCAUCCGACGGGUGUGAAAAAGACAAGUCUGUUGUUCGAAAAGAAGUCUUUUCAAUUAUUAUUAGUUUCUGUCAUCUAAUUCCUUUUUUUUUUGUGUGUGGAUAUUUUCCUUACUAAUAAUUUCGAAUUUGUUGUGGAAUGUUAUUUGUAGUAUUUUGGUUUUGAUGGGAGGAAAGGAAGCAUCCCAUGCUGAGACAAGACAACACCGACGGGGUACCGCCGUUUCCCGUUCCUCACCACCACGCGUCGCUGGGGGCCCCACUCUCCGAUGAGUUUCUUUUUCUUUUCAUCGAGACUUUUUCCGUUACAGGUUGUCGUUUGUGAAUUGUGAUGCCAAAUUACUGCAAUGGGUUUUGUUUGGAAGAAAGGGCAACUCGACUACUCGAGUGAAAAUUUGACUGCCGCAAAGCAAACAAAUCCCAUACAUGAAACCUCGGACGAUUAUGUUUCGGGGAGUAUCAUAAAACCUAGAAGAAGAAGUCGCAACACACAUAUAUGUACCGGGUAGUUUGGUUUUCGUGAUAAUUAAAUUGAUGCAUUGUCAUCAAUGUAUAUAUAAUAAUAUGCAUGUAUAUAAAAAAAAUUGGUGUAUUAUAGUUUACAUCCUUUGAUUUCUGUGAUAGUUAUUGUUGUAUUUAAACAAGUUAUAUUACUUUUUGGGUGAAAUGUCACUUUUAGACUUUGUUUUUAAUAUUCAAAAGUAACACACAUAAAAAGGUAGGGACAUGGUUGGAAGAAAAAAUAACUCAACAAUCACCACCAAACAAUCUCAACAAUCUCACCAAAAACUUGAGAUUUAACUAUCACUCAUUUUGAGUGAUAGUUUGUAUCACAUCAAGCACACAAUGCAUGUAUUGAUUGUGCAGAAAAUUAAAAAAAAAAUGCAUUAUGGACAAUACAUGCAUUAGGGGAGUUCGGUUUCCGGUUAGCAGCUAACUGGCCGUUUUAACCGAAAACCGCCGAUUAGCAUCUAACCAAAAAUCGACGGUUAUUUACCUUGGUCGGUGGAAGAAAGGUGGUUUUCGGUUAGUCGAGUAACCGAGGAUGACUAACCGCGGUUACCCGACUGACCGAAAAUAACCGCCCAGCCACACAAAGCCCAACCCAGGCAUCCAAAGCCCAUGCCCAAACCCAGCCCAACCAUCUUGCCUUCUCCCUAAUUAUUUCUUCUCCGUCUAGCCAGCCAUCCAAACCCUUCCCUAAGAUUUUUUUUUUUUCUUCUUCCUUCGCCAUCUGCCCAUUUCCCUAAUUCUUUCUUCUUCUUCCGCUCCAAUAACGCCAUCUCCCAUCCCCGACAACCCUAGGCUCCGUACGUCUCUCAUCGCCAUCCCCGCCUUCCUCCGUCGAGCCAGCAGACAGAGCAGGCAGCGACCCAAGGCCCCCACCCCCACCCCCUGCAGAUCUAUCCAUCACUCUGCCUCCCCAUUUUCGCCUCUCCUGCGCCGGGGACGUCGUCGUUCCCUCCGCUCACCUCUCGUGAUGUCCGCCUCUGCUUCUCCUCUGUAGUGUCUAAAUUUGAAAUGAAGGAAGGAGUGAUCUUGUGUGGUGGGUUUGAAAUGGAGGAAGGAAGGAGAGAGAAGGAAGAAGUGGUCUAGUGGUUUUUUUUUUGGAGGAAGGAGACAAGGAUUAAGUGGUGAGUAUUCACGUUUGUUUUUUUAUAUAUAAUUUUUAAUGAAUUUUUUUGGAGAAAAGGGAGGGUUUUUCGGGUAUGCGGCUAACUGAACCAAAAUCGAUAACCGAUCGGUCAGUGGCCGGCUACGGCUAGCCGUGAUGUCCCUCACGGUCGUUGGUCGACAGUGGGAUGUGGUGGCUCGGUUUAAUCGAUAAAUCGGUUUUCGGUUAAAUCAAAACUGACCGACCGACACCCCUAACAUGCAUUAUAACUAUUCCCAUCAAACAAUCACCAAAACCAAACGACCCCAUAGUAAAUUUGCAUUUUGAAUAUUCUUCGUGUUAUCGGCAACGUUGUGUUGCUGGACCUUUUUAGACGAAAAUGCAACGAAAUAUCGAUUUCAAAACCGGUUGAUUUUUAGAAUUAUGGGCUAUGAAUCGAAGCUUUCACAACAUUUCAGUUCAUUGACAUACAUUAAUAUCUCGAUUUUAAAUUCUUAACAUUAGUUUUGUGAACAUGCCAACAACAUUCGAUCAAUGGUCAUCCUUCUCGCAUCCAUGCUUGCAAUCCUUUCUGAAAGAUUUUGUAUUGCAUAUUGCCCGAACUCUAUGUUCAACUGGAGCUCUAGAAUCCCAAGAUUGACUAUUCUCAAGACUAAUGUUAACAUCAAUUUUUUUCCCACUGAAUCCAUAAUCGAACUAAUUCAAAUUUUUGUUAUUAUAGUGCUCACAAUUUAUUUAUGAGAACCAUCUCAUAGUCAUAGGUGCUUUGCAUGACGUCAUUAUGUCGACGAUAACGCUUUAUGGAGUCGUUUGGAAGUUGCGAAUGUUAAAUCGUUGCAUUGUAAUGAAUCAAAAUAAAAUAAAUACAUGUAUUGGUACAAUGUAUGUAUUUUAGGGGUCAUUUGGCUUUGAUGAUAGUUUGGUUGAGAUAGUUACAAUACAUGCAUUGUUCACAAUGCAUUGUUUUUUUUAUUUUCUGCACAGACAAUACAUGCAUUGUUUGCCUGAUUUGACACAAACUAUCACUCAAAAUGAGUGAUAGUUAAAUCUAAAGUUUUCGUUGAGAUUGUUUGGUAGAGAUUGUUGGGUUUUCUUUUAAAGGGUAAAAGUGACAUUUCACGCAAAAAGUAAUAUGCCUUAUUUAAAUACUACAAUAACUAUCACAUGAACCAAACGAUGUAAACUACAAUACAUCAAUUUUCAUAUAUACUGCAUAUUAUUAUGCAUGCAUUGAUGACAAUACAUCAAUUUAACUAUCACCAAAAGUCCAAAACCAAACGAAUAAUACAUUGUUUGGUUGUUGAGAUUCUAUUUUAUGUAUUGAUUUGCAUAAAGUUACUUUAUAGGAAAAUGUCACAUUUAUCCUCAACUUUUAGUAUAAGACAAAAACUAAUAGGGAUAUAAAUGAAAAGAAAAGUUGGACACAAAUCUAAAAUCAACGAUCACAACUUUUAGUUGAGAUUGUAUAAUGCAUCAUUUUUUGUGAUUGUUGGUGGGACCUACCUAAAACAAUACAUGCAUUGUUUUACACUUUGACAUUUCCAACAUUGUAUUGUGCACAAUACAUGUAUUCAAUAAACACAAGUUUAACAAUUACAAUCCAUUUUAUUUACUAAUAAAAUUCCACCACAUUCAUCCAACGACAUCAAAACACUCGAGCACAUAAUCGGAUUAGUACGAAAACAAGCACAAUUUUGUAGGGGUGGAGGACCGGUCAGUUCGAUUAUAACCGAAAAAUCAAAGGGUCGGUUAUCGGUCAACCGAACUACCUCUAACCCUACCGACCACCGACCAACAGAGGGCUUAAGCCUUCGGUUAUCUUGGUUUUCGGUUAACCGAACUGCCCCCAAAACCAAAACCAUAGCGCCAACCUCCGAAUACCUAUCGAAUUUCGAUUAUUUUGGUUUUCGGUUAAUUUGUAACCGGCCGAUUUUGAUUAUAACCGAUCGGUUAACCACUAACUGCUAACAGAUUGUCGAGCCCGAAGUAACUAACUCAUAAAAGGUUACAUAUGCAAUUUUUCAGCUUCCACGCCACCGUUUUUUGUCCCCGGUCAACUGUCAAAACAGGGCUUAAUUAAUUAAUUUUUUCCAUAGACAAGUAUGAAAGAAUAACCGCUAGUGGUUUCUCCUUUGCCGACUUGGCGACUUUAACGUCCUCCCCGCCUUUCUUCUCUCUCCUCUUGCAUGAUUAAGAGGCCCAUUUCCCGGCUCUCCCUCCGGUGACGUGGCGUCAUCCAAUUAGUGAGUUGGCUGUCGUCGGGAUUCAUAGCCAACGCAGCCAAUAAACGAAGAACCUGUCACUCUCAUAUUUCUCUCUCUCCUCUGAAGAAGAAAAGAAAAAAGAAAGCAGAACAGAGCACACUCAACAUUUUUUUUUUGGGGUGCUCUGUGGUUUUUCUCCCCCACAAAAACCCCAACAAUCACUCGAAUUCUGUCUUCUUCCGAUCUCCCGACCGACGUAGCCGCAAUCGGCAAUGCACGAUCUCCAUUUCGGUUGUUGUUUCGUGUCCUGAUGUUGUGAAUUCGGAAGUUGUUUUUUCACAGCUUUGAGUGAGAAAAAAAAUAAAAACAAAAACAGAGACUGUGAAGAAAGAAAAAAAAAAGCAGGGGAAAAAGAAUGCUGCAGGCAAUGGAGAGUUCGGUGAACGGCGGCUACGGCGGAGGAGGGUUCUCGCAGUUUCAAAGCUGUGGCGAUAGCAGCGAGGAGGAGCUCUCCGUGCUGCCGCGUCACACUAAGGUGGUGGUGACCGGGAAUAACCGGACCAAAUCGGUGCUUGUGGGGCUGGAAGGCGUUGUCAAGAAGGCUGUCGGCCUCGGCGGUUGGCAUUGGCUGGUUCUUACAAAUGGCAUAGAAGUGAAGCUGCAGAGAAAUGCACUCAGCGUACUGGAGCCACCAACUGGUAAUGAAGAUGACGACGACCUCGAAUUCGAGACCGCACAGUGGAAUGUUUCAGAUAUGACAUCUGAUGAUACCCAGAAGUCCCACAGAUCGCGGCAUAACAGGACGCACAAGUCAUCAGGAUCAUCUAACAAGUCCUUCAGCAGAUCUCUAUCUUGUGACUCACAGUCCAAGAGUUCUGUUUUUACUCCUCGUGGGUCCGCUGCGAAGGUUGACCUUAGCAAGCUGGAGAUGGCCGCAUUAUGGAGAUAUUGGCGACACUUCAAUCUGAUGGAUGCUUUCCCUAACCCAUCGAAGGAGCAGCUAGUCGAUGUCGUGCAAAGGCACUUCAUGUCACAGCAAAUGGAUGAGUUGCAGGUCAUAGUCGGAUUCGUUAAAGCAGCAAAGCGACUGAAGACGGUGUGCAAAUGAUGACCACAGAUCAUACUACUACAACUACUGAGAUUGGUAACGAUGAGGCUCAUGAACUGUGAGAUUUGAGUUUGAGGCCUCAUCUCAAUGCUAACCAGAUUCACCCUUCCCUUUCUGGGAUGUCCAUUCCCCCCCUUGUUUUUACCCUUGUCUUUGCUUUUGCUUAAGCUGCAAUAUAUCUAUAUAUACAGACCCUAAGGUGUAGUUUGUUUGUCUCGUCGUCGUCGCGUCGAUGUCUGAGUCCUGGUGAUAGCAUUCUGGGUAGCUGUUGGAGUCUUAAAGUCUCAUCUCAUUUGGUUCAUGGGAUUUAUAGAGGUUGGAGGUGAGUCAAUGUAAUAGUGGUUAGUAGUAGAAGAGUUUAUAGUAGUAUAUGUAGAUAUUAUGGUCAUAGUAUAUAAUGAUAGUAGUAAGGAAAUAUGUGUGGACAGAUCAAAUGUAUGUUCUGACUGUGAGGGGGGAAGUUGGGAUUUCAGUUGGAAAUUGUAUAUAUCAUCUUUUCGUUUUGGUAUUUGGCUCAGUCCUUUUGACCCUUUACUACUUAAUUAGUGUCCUUAAUGAUAUCUUAUUAGGGGGAGGAAUGAGAGGGAGUCAAAGUUAUGAUCUUUCAAUCUUUAUCUUAAUCAGGCUUUG